AAAUGGGGUACAGAAGACUCUUGAAGACGCUUCUGGACUUUGCAGGAGCCCUCUGAUUUCCUGAUUGGGUUAGUGGGACUCUACGCGUUGUUAUCACCAAAACAAAAAGUGACGCGAGUCAACAAAAGCUCAAUUUGUCCCCAUUGACCAGACUCACCCGCGAAAUAAAAACCAAGCUUGGUUAUGAAAACCAUAUUCCUACAUAUUUGCUAAGAAUUGAUCAGUCCAUCUCAAACCCAUAUCCAGAGUGAACUCGACCCUAUCGCACUGUUUCUGUUUACACAUAUAGCACCAGCCGAAGCGCAAAAACAUGCCUAGGCCACCUACAAGACGUAAUCGCCUAACCAAACCGCUGGCCAACGCAAAACAAGCGCAAAAUCAAGACCCCUCUCGAAAUGAUACCGAGUCUGGAGAUCGUUCUGGAUCGCCGACCAGCGAUGCCGCAGCCACUUCACGGUUGGCACACAGCACUGAUCCAACUGAGAUCGUACGGCAAUUAAGAAACCAGACACCACUAAGCAAAGCGCAAGAAUUGGCAAUUGCAUCAUCUCCAGCGGGGGAACAUACGGCUACAGGAAGCCGACCACCUACACGCUCCCGUGGCUACUCAUCCACCCUUUCUAUCGCUGGCCGCAAAGGAGACCUAAGCUCGAGGAUCCCGGGGACUCCGGCUUUUGAGAGCUCCAUAUUGAGCAACUUCAGACGACGACCGCGCCAAGCUAGUAUUCUUCAUAUGAUGCAGGAUGAUGAUGGAUCCUCUGAUUUCGACGACGAUGACUUCUUGGGCGGGUUGAGCCCAGAAGAUGAAUCAACCCCAUUAAAUCUUUCUAGAGGGAAAUCACUGGUAAUAAGGCCCGCUGUUUCGCCAUCACCUGUCAAACCUUCCUUACCGUCUAGUGGUAAAUCCUCAAAGCGGAAGAGGUCCGUCGAUGAAUCGGAAGCUCCCGAAUCAGCUCUGCAGGUUGCGAGCAGCCCAUCUGGGUCUCAAAUCUCAGACACAGAGGAUCAUGACAGCGACGUUUCUGUCGACCUGCCACACCUCCCACAGUCACCGGCAGCUUUCAGUGAAACACAGAUACCACCUAUGAGCAGCCCUGCUCCAAGCCUCACACAUGGCGUCUCCACGCCGGACUCACACCAUCCAUCAUCAUCUGCGAAGCGACCAAAGAAUACCACAGUCCGAAAGACAGCCAAAAACAAGAAUCACAUCUCGACUGCAGAUCUUCAAGAUAAAUUCCUGCCUCGACGCCGUCGGCGGUGGGCGGUACGCCUCAAUGGAAACAAUUUCGAAGUGUUGGGUGAGUCGGAUGACGACGAUAUCCCCUCAGCUGCACAUGAAGACGACGAUGAAUUAAGCUAUCUGCCAUCGCAUAAACCUUCUCAAUCGAGACGCAAACCAGCUAGCAAACAGAAGCCUCUGCGCAACAAUCGGACUCCCCAGGAGACACAAACGAAGGAGGAUACAUACCUCGACGGCAAUAAACCCAACCCCAUCAAACAGUACGGAUCCAGCUCGCACGAGCCGACCGUUGUGGAGAAGGAGAAUGAGCUUGUAGUUGACAUGUCCUCCCCGUUGUCGUCUGCGCUGGAUUCGGAUGCAUUUGAUUCAGAUUUUCUCCUGGACAAGGUUCCAACUAAGACUUUUUUGAGUGACGAGCUGAGGCUACAAGCAUUGAAAUUCGCCGAGGUGGAUAGAUGGCAGAUGGAGUACGAAGAUGUACUGUUCUCCAGCACUCAAGAAAAGGGCACAUUCCGGUGAUGGAAUUCAUGUUUUGAUGUUCGAUAAGUGGAAAGCUGAUUAUCAAGUGUCUUUUGAAUCCCGGAGAAAGAAAUCAUAUGGUAAAGAACCUACUAGGUAACUAAUGGAUAAUAUAUGAAGAAGGAUGAAGCUGGAUGAAGCUCCCGCUUUGAUAAGCUCCUCCUAAAUCAAUGUGUUGGAAAGUAUUGCGUAAAAAGAAAAUUCUACGCUUUCUUUCUUUUUUUCUUACUUCCUUUCUUUCUUCCU